AUCUUUACUUGGAAAGUUGGGAACAGGUUUGGCUUAUACUCACUUUGUCUCAUCUGCUCUUCACUGAAGGACUUCAUCAUGGGGGCUUCCCAGUCUGGACAACCUCAUAAGUUUCAACAUCUGUCUGACAAAACUGGCUUUUCCAUAGAGCAGAUUAAAAACCUCCACAACAGAUUUGAGUACCUGACACAAGAUGAAGGAACUUUAAGACGAGAACAUCUUGAGAAUAUUGAGAAUUUGGCUCUGAACCCAAUCCGGAGAAAGAUCAUCGAGGCAUUCUUUGAUAAAAGGAACUUAGGUCAGGAGGGGGAAGGCUAUCUGGAUGAGAUCGGAUUUGAGGAAUUCCUGACCAUUCUGGCAUUCUUCACACCAUCCAAACAGCGCACCGGUGAAGAUGACACGCAAAAAACCCGGAAGGAGAAACUACGUUUUCUGUUUAACAUGCAUGACACUGACAACAAUGGCUUCAUCACUUUAGACGAAUACAGACACGUGGUUGAAAAGCUGCUGUCUAGUAAUGAAACCAUAGAGACAGAAACGGCAAAAGCCAUUGCAGAUGCUGCCAUGCUGGAAGUUGCCAGCGUAACAGUGGGACAAAUGGGUCCAGAUGAGUUUUAUGAGGGAAUCACAUUUGAACAUUUCAUGCAGAUCUUAAAAGGGCUCGAGAUCGAGACCACGAUGAACAUUCACUUUUGGAACUUGGAUUCGACGGUGUUUCAAUGUGGGAAAUCAAAGUAGAUUCCUCUGCAAGGUCUGAAUUUUAGACUUGGAGAUCUAAAAUUGGACUCAAGAAGAGUAUUUAAGCUUUAAGAUGUGCUUAGAUGAAUGCACAGAGAGACAGUGCUUUCCACAAUUUUAUAACAUACAGUAUAUAUAGGGGUCACUUGUCAACUUUAUGGGGCCUGUUAUUCAUGUGACCUCUCAAGAUAUGUUUACACAUGUACUAGAGCAUUUUUAUUGACACAUUAUUGGUUAUUUAAUGUAUAUAUUGAGUAGGACUCAUGAUACUAUGCAGCCUUGGGUAGCACUGUUGCCUCACAGCAAGAAGGUCCACGGUUCGAGCAUCGGCUGGGUCGGGAGGUCCUUCUGUGUGGAGUUUGUAUGUUCUCCCUGUGUCAGGGUUUAGUCUGGGAAUUCCGAUAUACAAGAUAUCCAAGUUCGGAAAAUCCUUCCCCAAUUUAAGCUUUAAAUGUAACCAUAGAUGCUGGAAUGGUGUUAAGAAAUAAACCAAGAAACUUUACCAA